AUGCUCAAAUCAAUUAUUUUUAUUUUGUCAAUAUUAUCCUUUCUUAUAUUAUUCAUUCAAGCAAAUCCACAUAAUCUUCAUGAACAAUUAUCUCCUUCAACAGCAGUAUUCAUCAAACCAAAAGCAAAUAUACUACGUCGUCUUAAUCCAUUAAAAUUAUUAUUUACUGUGGCAUAUACACCAACACAAAUUCCACAUUAUAAAAUCGAAUGGAAUUUACCAUUUUUAAAAACAAUGUUACUUGAAAGUACACAUGUUACUAAUGAUGAUAAAGAUUUAUUUUCUGAAAAAUUUAUUAAUACAGAAAAUGAUUAUGCUAACUGGACGCCUGAACAACAUAAUGAAUUAGAAAGAUUUACCGAAAAAUAUUUUAAUAUGUAUCAAUCACCCGAUUUAUUUUUACCAUUUAUUGAUUGUCCUGCUUUAACUUAUGCAAUAACGGAUGAAAUGCUCAAUGAUGUUCAUCCGAAUAUCAAUGAAGAAAAACGUACAAAAGUUCGAAAACAAGCAGUUGAACGUUUAUGCGAUUUCGAAUAA